AUGGCCACGCAGCUGACCACUAUCUUUGGCCCGAAUCCCAACAUCUCCUUCUUCCCUGAGCGACGGGUUCGCGCCAUCAGUCAGCGGUUGGGUCACAAUCGGCUCGAUCAGUUACUAGAUGAAAUACGCGCAGUGGUUGCAACAAAGGUCAAGAAUACCUGUGCAAUCCCUCAGUCAUAUAUACAACGACAUCUGGGCACAGGAAAGAUUGAAGAAGUUCCCAGUCGUGACAUUAUUGAUGGACAUAUUUCUGGUACCUGCGUCUUGAUUGCCCGCUCCUAUUCUCUUGCUGACAAGUAUAACCCUCUUGCAGCGUACUUUGACACGGUACAUCCGAUCUAUCCAUUUCUUUGUCCAAAUACUUUCCGUGCGCGAGCAACGUCGCAGGAACUGGUCCAAUCACUAGGUACAGAUAAAGUUUGGGCAGCACUAUUCUAUGCAAUAUUGGCGAUCGGGUGCCAAAACAACGAGGGAGGAAGCUAUGAUACCGGUGUAGGGGAAGCGUGGUCAUAUUUCGAACGGUCGUUGUCCUGUUUCCAGGAUCUCCUCUUUGGUAGAGGCUCAUUGACUGCAGUUCAAGCUGUAUUCUCAUCGACAGUCUCCGCGUUCAACUUCGAACCCUUAAUGCUGACUGAGGCCGCCGUUAUGGCACAAGGUUUGGGGUAUCAUCGCUCGAAUAGUGCACAGGAAGGACCAUGCCGUCGCACGUUCUGGGUGCUCUAUUACAUGGAAAAGACGUCCUGCUUUGCGACUGGUAAAACUUCGGUAGUGGACGACGCCAACAUAAGCUGUGCUAUCCCGGAUAUGACAGAGUCCACUUUUCAUGACUAUGACUGGUUCUUCAACUUCGUCAAAUAUGCUCGUCUGGUCUCUAAGAUCCACCAAUCUCUUUUCACAAUCAGCUCUGUUAGUCAACCGUUAUCUACCUACAAUUCUAUAGUUGAGAGCCUACGUAUAGAAUUGGAAGCCUGGCGCGCGAACAUUCCGCCGCGGUUCCGGCCAGGCGAAAAAUUCAAAACUCGUUCUUUGCAAGAGCCCCUGGCAGUCCAAGUCGCUUUGAUUACCCACUUCCUCUACCUCAACGCUCUUCUUACACUGUCGUGGACCGUUCUGCAUUACGGAGCCGUCCGUUUGGGGUCUUCACAGCAAGAGAUUAUGAAGCGAGACCUGAUGCGGACUGCUCGAAGUGUCCUCGAACUCACCGUGCACAUCGAGGUAGCGCCUUCCACACCAGUCUGGUUGGAAUAUGCCAGCAACGGUGCCCUUCCGGGUUCUCUCAUUGCCGAGUUUGCCCAUCUUGCUCGUCAAUACGUUUCGGAGACCCGCAAACCCAAGUCCAUAUCCAGAGACAACAAUGAGAAUAGCAUUCCAUUUGUGUCUCAGGACCGCGCAGAACCCUCUCCGUCCGCGCCAGAACCCAGGACCCUGACUGCGGACCAGACCGAGCUGGCUGUGCCAGCGGUGCUCCCGCAGGAGCCGGAACCUGUCGCCACGAAUGCUCCGGGGGUCAUGCAACCUUGGAGCCCGGCUCCUCUUGAUCGGAGUGAAACGCUUUUUCUACCUUAUAUCGACGAUCCGACUUACUAUUUUGGGGACUUGCAGUUGCUUGGCAUUGAUUUAAAAGAUCUGUUCGAUAAUUCGUAUCAGUUACCGGCAGGAAGCGAUCAUGGGGUGUAG